ACUUCGAUAUUGAAUUCACACUCACAUUUCGCCUAAUCACAUUUACUUUUCAACUUGUCGGUCGUUCGAAAUCGAACAAGCAGAAAUAUAACGAGCAGAGCCAACAUGCCGGACGCAGUGCAGCAGAGUUUCGUGCGUAGCUUCAUCGACUACCUGAAGAAGCAGGUGGACGUGAUGUCUCCGGACCAGAGCGAAAGCAUCGAGGUGGCGAUCCAGUGCCUGCAGGCGGCCUUUGACUUGGGCGAUGAUGUGGAGGCGGUGCCGGAUGCGGAUGGCCAGGAGCAGGCCACCACACAGAGCACCACUGCGAGUGCACCCGACGGCGAUGCGGUGGCCAGCGGCAGCGCCGGCGUCGCCCCCAAUAACAACAUCGACAUGUUCGAGCUCUUCCAGUCGCUGUACACCGAGCGCAAUCCGGAAUCCCUGGCCCUGGCCGAUUCCAUCAAGAACGAGGGCAACCGGCUGAUGAAGGAGAGCAAGUACAAUGAGGCCCUGCUGCAGUACAACCGGGCCAUUGCCUUCGAUCCCAAGAAUCCGAUCUUCUACUGCAACCGGGCUGCGGCCCACAUCCGGCUGGGUGACAACGAACGCGCCGUGACCGAUUGCAAGUCCGCCCUGGUCUACAACAACAACUACAGCAAGGCGUAUUGCCGCCUGGGCGUGGCCUACUCCAACAUGGGCAAGUUCGCGGAGGCGGAGCAGGCCUACGGCAAGGCCAUCGAGCUGGAACCCGACAAUGAGGUCUACAAGAGCAACCUGGAGGAGGCCAGGAACGCCAGGAACCAGUCGCCACCGUUGUCGCGAAUAAGGGACGACCUAAGCUCCAUACUGGCCCAUCCAUUGGUAAGGAAUUUGUUCAACAACGCUGAGCUCGACGUGGAGCAGCUGCAGUCGAUGAUCCAGAACCCGAUGGUUAUGAACACCAUUGGCCAGCAGUUCGCCAACAUGGGCCAGAUGCCGGCCUUGCCCAAUGACAUGCUGCAGAUGGUCCAGAGCAUCGCCAGCCAACUGGCGGCCGGUCAGCAAGGGGGCGGUGCUCCCAAUCCGAAUGCCAAUUCUGGCAAUGAACAGCAGCCGGGCAAUCAACCUCCACCGAGCAUCUAGGGGGCUGGACAUCCCCAGGAUCGGCGACAGACAGAUUAAGUUUUUAAGCUGAAACUAUAAAUGUAUUUUUAAUGUUUAAAAGGCUUCUAUUAACGCAUAUUUACAUAUAUAUUUUUAUUAAUGGUAAUAAAUAAAUGCAUAGAAUACGCCGAGAGGCCUUGACGGUGCAAA